AUGCUCCAAAAUGAAGUGGAUCAAUCCAACUCAAUUCAUUCCCCUGCUACUGAAAUUUCAAAUACAAGAGAUAUUGGAGAUAAAAAUCGUUCCUUUAAACUUCACUGGAUAAACGAGUAUCCCUGGUUGUCUUAUAGCCAAAAACUCGGAGGAGCUUUUUGUAGAAUAUGUGUUUUAUUUGGAAGCGAUGAGGGAGGUCGUAGUCGUGUAAAACUAGGAAAAUUAGUUACAAUACCAUUAUCUCUUUACAAAAAAGCAAAAGAAAAUUUUAAGGCCCAUCAAAAUAAUGACUACCAUAAGAAUUGUGUUUUUAAAUCUGAUAAUUUCAUAAGUGUUAUGAAUGGCAAAAUACAAAAUAUAGAAACAACAUUAGACACUGUUAUGACACGUAAAGUUGAACAAAAUAGGCAAAAAUUAAUCCCUAUUAUUGAAACCAUACUAUUUUGUGGCCUACAAAAUAUAUCCUUACGUGGUCAUAGAGAUGAUGGUUCUAUAUAUUCUGUUGAUGACUAUAACAAAAACCAAAAAGGAAAUUUUAAAGCUUUAUUAGAAUUUCUACGGGAACAUUUUCUUGGAUUUACAAAGGUUGAACAUGUAACUGGUGAAUAUUUAGCUGACACCAUUUUACAAAUAUUAAAAGAAAAAAAUUUAGAUCUUGCUCUACUUCGAGGACAAGGAUAUGAUGGUGCUGCGAAUAUGAGUGGUGCGUUUAAAGGAGUACAAUCUCGAAUUGCAAGUUUACAGCCUCUUGCAUUCUAUACUCAUUGUGCUAACCACAGAUUAAAUUUAGUGCUCAGUAAAGCAAGCACUGUACCUUCAAUUCGCAACACAGUCGGAAUAAUAACUAAUAUUUAUAACUUCUUAAGGGAUUCUGCUUUAAGAACUCAACUUUUGAAUGAAAAAAUUACAGAACUUUUUCCACAUCAAAAAGCAGUAAAAGCUAAAAAGUUGUGUGAAACACGUUGGGUUGAAAGACAUGAUGGAAUUUUACAUUUUUUGGAAAUAUUACCAGCUAUAAUAGUUACAUUAGACGAAUUAAGCCUUAGCAACCAUACAGGAAGCAAUGCACAAUCUCUAUCUGCAGCUAUUUCCAUAACACUUCCACUAUCAAUUCAGUUACAGAGUAUUAAUAUUGACUAUACACAAUCGAUAGAAAUGAUCAACAAUGUUAAAAAUGUAUUAGCUACCAUAAGAGAAAAUUCAAAAACAGAAUUUAAAAAUAUUUUUGAAGAAACAACAUUAAUUGCAGGAAAAAUGGACGUUGAUAUAAGGAUUCCAAGAGUAACAAAAACACAAUGUCAUCGUGCAAAUGCUCAGCCCCAAUCAACUGAUUUAUCUGAAUUCUACCACGUUAACUAUUUUCUACCUUAUUUGGAUUAUCUCAUGUCAGAACUAAAUUCACACGAUAAAAUAUUGAAUGCGGCUCAGAUAUAUGAAGUAGAUUUACCUCAUAGUAUUGAAGCACUACGUGGUGAGUUAAAUUUAUGGAAACAAUUUUGGAAAAAUAAACCAGGAAAGGCUGAUUCUUCAAUGGAAGCUUUUAAAUAUGCAUCUAUGUUUCCUAACAUUAAAUGUCUUUUAACAAUUCUUAGUGUCAUACCUAUAACAACAGCAAGUGCUGAAAGGUCAUUUAGUUCUUUAAAAAGAAUUAAAACUUACCUACGAUCGACAAUGGGCCAGGAAAGACUUAACGGCUUAGCAAUGUUGCAUAUAAAUAAAGAUAUUCAAGUAAAACCGGAAGAAGUAUUAGAUGUGUUUGCUAAAAAACAUAAACGAAAACUUCAAUUCGACCUAUGA